AUGUUUGAACAAAAAGAAUCAUCACAUCUAUUUUAUGAUUUAAUAAUACCAUAUGAUAAAACAUAUUGCUAUCCAAUAACUCUUAGAAAUGAAUAUUUCAAUAUUCAACCACAACAUAUUGAUUUUAUUAGUGAAGAUAUUUGUCCUGAAGUAGAUCAAAUUGCUAAAAGAGAAUGUAUUGUUACUAACUUUUCAAAUGAAACAAUGAAUUUCAUUUUUCAUGGAAAACAAGAACCAAAGUAUGAGAUAAUAUUUGUUCCAUGCAGAGGUAUUGUAAAAUCAAAUGACUCAGUUACAGUUCAAAUUCAAAUUUGUGUUCAUUGUACAACUACAAUUCAUGAAAGUAUAAAGGUUACUGUAGGAUUUUCACAUUUUAAAAAGGUACUUAAAGAAUAUCUUUCUCAUCAACAUAUUAGUACUAGUAAAUCUGACAAAUCAAAUAAAUCACAACGGUCUGGACGUUCUUCAGUAUCUAGUUUAUCUAACCAAAACUCUACUUCUUCAGAAGAGGUAAUAACAAACUUUAAUAAAGCAAAACAAUUUUCAGUUGAACUAUCAUUAGACGCUCGAAGUAAAUUAUCAACAAAACUAGAUGAAGAUGAAAUUCACACCUUUCAACCACCUAUAGGUGAAGGAACGUUUGGUGUUGUUUUUAAAGGAGAAUGGAGAAAAAUAGAUGUUGCUGUAAAAUGUGUUAAAACUGAUUUUGAUUCUAUAGAUGACUUAAUACCUUCUAUACUUGAAGAAGUAAAAUUAUUAGAACAAUUACGUUCACCUUGCAUUAUUUCAUUUAUAGGAUAUUGUAUCACAAAAGAAUCUAUUUGUUUAGUUAUGGAGUAUUGUCCACUAGGUUCAUUAAAGAAAUAUCUUCAAUCAAACCCAUCAACUAAUUUCCUUAAAUUACGUUUUUGUCAAGACAUUGCUCGUGGAAUGUUAUAUCUUCAUGAAAACGAUAUUAUUCAUAGAGACUUAAAACCAGAUAAUGUAUUAGUAAUAAGUAGUAAUCCUAACGAUGAAGUUGUGUGUAAAGUAACAGACUUUGGAACAUCAAAAAUUCUUAUUGAUAAAUCUGGAUUAGGUAAAGAUAUUAAAGACAUUGGUACACCAAUGUAUAUGGCUCCAGAAAUUCAUACAUUAGGAGUAUUAAAUAAGAAAGUUGAUGUAUUUUCUUAUGCAAUUUGUUUAUUAGAAAUUUGGUUAGGAAGAAGUCCUUAUAAUCCAGUUAAAUUUCCUGAUGCAGAAAGUAUAUUGUCAUUUGUUUCAUCAGGACAACUACUAGAAAUUCCACAAAAUUGUCCAUAUAAGAAAAUUAUUAAAAGUUGUUGGCGUAAUCGUUCUUCUAAACGUCCAUCAUUUAAUGAAAUUGAAAAAGAAUUAACAGUAAUUCUUUAUAAUGAAAAAGAUAAAAAAACAUUUACCACUCAACAAACAACUGAAAACAAUCUUUUUCAAGACACUACCGCUUUUAGAACAAUGGUACAAAUUCAAGGUAUAGAAAGUGAAGUAAUAGAAGAUUUACGUUCAAAAACAAUUAUGUAA